UUCGUGGAAUUGACGCCUAACUGGUCUACCAAGUCUGCUAAGACCACGUAAGACGAAUUUAUUGUACCAAUAAAAAUACAGCCGGCCAUAAAUCAGCAAAUCAGUGCAAAAUAUGGAUUUUCAAGGGUUUUUCUGGUACUCAAUUUACGUUUGCUUGGCAUUUCAAUUGGCGCAGAGCACAACGUUGGCGCACUUGAAAACCCCACUCGAGAGCCAACACAGCAGUGAGGCGAAGAUAAUCAACGGCAGCGAGGCACUGUGGGACGGUACGAGGUAUCAGGUUUCGCUGCGUCUGACGGCGGGCGAAUGGCUCUUCGGCGCUGGACACAUCUGCGGCGGUGCGCUCAUCUCACGGCGGUCCGUGCUCACUGCAGCGCAUUGCAUAUGGAUGCCCGCCAACAAUCGCUUUCGGAAUGCCAGCGAUUUAUCGGUGGUUGUGGGAAAUUUGAAUCGUUAUCAGCGCGAUAACAAUACUUUGGUGUUAGGCGUGUCGAACAUCUCGGUGCAUCGCGACUAUAACGCGACGAGCUACAGGAAUGACGUGGCAGUGCUGCAUUUGGAUGCGCGUGUGCCGGCGAACUUUACACGCGCUCGUGCAAUACCGUUAAAUAGUGACCUAAAUUUGAAUGCCAGCAACACCGUCUGCCAAGUAUCCGGCUGGGGACGCACCGAAACUGGCGGUUACUCACCACAGCUGAUGGUGGUCGAUGUGGCCAUUGUGAACCGGUCUCAAUGCGCUACCAAUUAUGGCGCACUGGUGCACGAUGGCAUGAUUUGUGCCGGUUAUAUGGAGGGCGGACGUGAUGCUUGCGUUGGCGACUCCGGCGGUCCGUUGGUAUGUGGCGAACAGCUGGCGGGCUUGGUGUCAUUUGGUGUGGGCUGCGCGCAGCCCGGCUUUCCGGGCGUCUACACGGACGUGGCCAGCUAUGUGCCGUGGAUAAACAAUGUGACGAAGUCUUACGAGGAUGCUGGCGGCUUGAGCGAUAAUGGUUUGAGCAAUGGCGGCGUUAUUGGCGAGAACGGCGGUACUAACGACAGUACUGCUUACAAUGAGACCGUUAGUAAUAGCGGUUUCAGCAUGCUUAGUUGCGCGCCCCCGUUAAUUAUUGCCGUCUGCUCGCUACUCAUGCGGGUAUGCUAAGCGUUUAGCUUGAGAAAGAUGUACGAAUUUAUAUAUUAUCAAUUUUGUGUGUGUGUGUGUGUUUAGGCAUAGCAGUACGUAUGUAUGUAUGUACGUAUUU